AUGGCAAACCUUCCAACUAAGAAUGAGUUCCUCAGCUCGGGUUUCGACACCCUGGCUGUUCAGGAGAUCCGGGAGGAGGAUCGUAAGUGUGGUAUCUGUCGCACCCCAUACGGCGAGACUGAUAGUGACAGUGAAAUUGGCAGUGAGCCCGAGUCACCUGUACGCAUAAAAGCCUGCGGACAUAUAUUCGGGCUCGACUGCCUCAAGAGCUGGAUCGAUGCAGGUAUCGAUUCCAGCAGCCAGUGUCCGACUUGCAGAGCAGUGCUCUUCAACGAUGACACCGAGUCGCCCUUCAUCAGUCUCAUCUACCCAUGGGGCGACGACUCCAACCUGACCGUGCCUGCGGAAGCGGCAGACCGGAUCUCUGAAGGCGUAUACGGUGUGCCUCCGCGCAUGAACAUGGAGGCGCUUCCGCUGAUGGGCUCGCACGACGAUCGAGCCUUCACGCUCGACCAUCAGCGUGAGGUCCUAUCGCCCGAAGAGCUGUUGGGGUUGUUGCUCGUUACGCGGCGCGUCCGAGCGCGGAUGCUCGAGAGAGAUGCAGAUCGCAGGACUACCAUCAGGACAAUGAUGAACUUCUACCACGAGCAAUGCAUUGAUCUCGACACCAGGUUGGUUGAGCUUCGGCGGCGGAGAACGGCGCUGGCAGAUGCCACUGCGAUUGUGGCAUCGCCAUGGGACGUGGGGAGUGAAGCCCUGGAGAUGGCAUCGCUUUCCAUCGAAAGGCUAUGUGAGAAGUUCCAAGACUUCAUGCCGGAACAGUGGUCGAACCUCAGCUGGUCCGGCCUACAGCACAGCGUCGUUCAUGACCUGCCGAGUCUUCGGGACGAGCUCCGGGAGAAGCGGUUGAGUCUUCCGCAGGACAUCAAGGGCACCAGGGACAAGCUGGGCAACGUCCUCUACGAGCUCGGCGUGAUCUUAGACAAGCAUAUAGAGGGCCUGCCUCGACUCCAGCAACAAUUGGAGCGCAUGCAAGAUCGUCAUGCCGAGCAAGUAAGACACCUGAACGCGGCAACCGGUCCGUGGGUGACGCUGCGCGCGGAUGCAAUGGCCAUCAACCUGGACAACAUGGGCCAGUGGCUUGUCAGCUUCAUGCCAGGCCACUUUCAGUACCGGGAUGGCGACAUCAACCUGUUCAGAGAAGCCGUGAAUCGCGUGGUCAACUGGAUCCGCGAGCAUGACGGGGAAAUGCACCCCGUCAACCGUCUCCAUGACUAUCUGGACAACGCGAGCCUUGUCAUGAACUUUGAUAAUGUCUGCGUGCUGGACAUGGUGAGGGGUCUCAUCCAGAUGGCGAUUGGGUUCCGCGUUAUCCGCGAGGUUGAGGUCAACGGUGCUGUCUUUGGCGACUAG